AUGGAUGAUGGAGAACUUGAAUUCUCAAACCAAGAACUGUUUUCGAACUCAAGCUUUGGGGAUCUUCCAAGUAGUUGCUCCAUAGGUGGUUUUUUCGAUGAUCUUGUAUUCAAGGAUGCUCAUGCCUGCACACACACUCACACUUGCAACCCUCCUGGUCCUGAUAACUCGCAUACCCAUACUUGUGUUCAUGUGCACACCAAAACCAUCGGCCCUGCACCUGCUGCCAGUGAAGACAAGGCCCCAAGCGAUGACACUGCUGAGUCCACUGAAAAGAAAGGGAAGAAACGACCUUCAGGUAACAGGGAAGCUGUGCGGAAGUAUCGGGAGAAGAAGAAAGCCAGGGUUGCUUCAUUGGAAGACGAGGUUGUUAAAUUGAAGGCCAUGAAUCAGCAGCUGGUGAAAAGGCUGCAAAAUCAGGCCCUUUUGGAAGCAGAGAUUGCGAGACUCAAGUGUUUGCUUGUGGACAUCAGGGGAAGGAUUGAAGGCGAGAUUGGAUCGUUCCCGUACCAAAAGCCGACCAGUCAAAAUCUUGCUAGUUCAAGUAUCAUGCCCGGGGGUGCAUAUCUGAUGAACCCUUGUAAUGUACAAUGUGACGAUCAGCUUUAUUGCCCUCACCCUGGGUCGGAAGGUAAGAAUGUGGAAGGUGGGACCAUGGGCGGUGGUGGAGAUUUCGAUGAUUGUGAAUUUGAGAAUCUGCAAUGUUUUGGUAGCCAUAAUUCGGGAUUUAAGGACCUUCCUGGUUGUGGAGUUGGUAACGGGGGCCUUCCUUCUGCUAACACAUCUAAUGGGAUUAAGAGAAAAGGUGCUGCUCGUGUAGGAAAGGCUGGCUGA